CGUUGAUAUGGCUUAAGUAUUAUAACGUAUCAGUCUGGGUUUAGUUAUCAAUAGUGCAUGUAUUGCUUUGAAAAUCGAAGAAGCCUGAAAGCUGUUAGUGUUUACCACAAAAGUUCACACAUCAAUGCACAAUGGACCUGCGAGUGUCAAGGAUCUACGUGUACCCGAUCAAAUCCUGUGGAGGUGUGAAGGUCGACGAAUGGCCAUUGGAAAUGUAUGGAUUUCGAUAUGACCGCAUUUGGGCGGUGUUCAGCGAAGACGGUUUGUGCGUGACGCAGUUGGAAGAACCCAAAAUGUGUCUGAUACAACCGGAAAUAAAUUUAUCCAAAGGCAAAAUGACUCUCACGUACGCCGGCAACGUGGACGAGACUCCGAUGACCGUGGACUUGGAGACCAGCAAGAGCGGCAACAGCAAAAAGGGUAAAAUCUCUUGGGGUGGUUCGCUUGAGGGAAUCGACUGCGGCGAAGAGGUGGCGGCGUGGCUGAGCUUUAAUCUGGACGUGCCCGGACUGAGACUGAUCAGGUGCACCGCUCGCAAUCCGCCAAAGGCCAACGAAUUCGGAAUGUUAGACCCAAAAGUGAUGGCCGCCAGCCAAUGUCAGUACCUGCUGACGACCGAGUCGACCGUGAAAUGGUUAAUGAACGAGCUGGAAGACGACAACGGUGCUAUGGAUUUCGACAACGUCCUGUAUCGGUUUCGGAGCAACAUUUUGAUUGCCGGCCAUUUGCCAGCCAACUCCGAAGUCAACUGGACCGAAGUGACCAUAGGUGGUACGAAAUUUCCGGUUGACACAGUUUGUGUCCGGUGUAGAAUGGUGAACAUUGACCAAUCGAGCGCGGAAAAAAAUCAAAAACCUUUGAGAGUAUUGGAUCACAACAAGCAAAAGGGCAAAAGCGUUUUUGGCAUUUACCUCAAAUGCGAAAAGCCCACAGGUAGUGUAGUGCGAGUCGGUCAGUCUGUCGAUGUCACGUACGAAUGAAAUGAAUAAAAAUUUAAUAUUGUAACAAACGAGAAAAAAAUGUAUAAAAUUGAAAAAAUAAACGGUGUGUACUGUGUUUGCCUAUCGUACCUCUCAACUUACAAAAUUGGUUUAAAAAAAAAAAAAAAAAAAUAGAUUUAGUACUU